GCGUUUCGCUCUUGACCAUACUGACAGCGGCGGCAGGUGUUUCUCCAUACGAAGACUAAUUUACGGGGCUUUGAGGGUGUUUAGAUAGAAAUCAUACCUUUAGUAGUUUAUCCUCGUGUUUUCCUCCUCCUCCUCCUCCAAACGGCUCCUUCUGCUGCCACCUCACUUCAAGGGGCAGAAACAUGGAGAAUUUCAGUAAGAUUGUCGUGUUUUUGUCAUUUGUUUCAGGUUUUUCGCAGGAAUGUUCGGCCCCUCCGGAGUAUCCUCACACCAAGUUGGUGUCGAAGUUUGUCGGCAGACAGAACUUUUCCAGCGGAGAAAAAGUUUAUUAUGACUGUGCGGAGGAUUUCAGACCCACCAAAGGACUCCGAGCUGUGCAGUGUGUGGACGGAAAGUGGCCCAAACUCUCACUCAAAUGCGAAAAGAAAUCGUGUGGUAAUGUCGGGGAGCUCCCUCACGGGCAGCUCAUCUAUGAAGGGAAUUCAUAUAUUGGAGAGAGAGUUUAUGCCGUAUGUAACGAAGGAUACACUCUGAAAGGGGGGAACAACAUGAUAUGCAAGAAGUCUGGCUGGACUGGUGAAUUCCCAUCCUGUGAAGAGAUGGGCGUCGCCUGCUCGGCCCCUGCGGUGGCCCACGCUGUGCAGAGGGGAGACGCUGCCUCUGUGUACCAGGUGGGAGACGAGGUGAACCUCACCUGCAGUGUGGGUUUCCAGCUGGAUGGAGCACAGCAGAUCACUUGUGGCGCCGACGGUCGCUGGCAGCCUAAAAUCCCGCAGUGUCUGCCCUCCGCUGAUAAAGAAGGCAGAUGUGGCGUUCCAGUAACCGUGAACACGUCCAGCAUCCACCUUGAUGAUAAUUACGCCGCGAUGACAUCAUUUGCUUCUGGUGACAAAGUCCGUUAUACCUGCGGUGUUGGACACGUUCAUGCAGGCGGUAGCAGGUACCGCAAGUGUGUCAACGGGAAAUGGGCGAAACUGACUCUACGGUGUGAACGGAAGCUCUGCGGCUCUGCAGGUGAGAUUCAGUACGGACAGUUUGUUUAUACUGGAGUGGAGUUUGGGGACAAGGCGACAGCCGUCUGUAACGAGGGGUAUCGGCUUGUGGGAAAAGGAACCAGAAACUGCAUGAGUACAGGCUGGGACGGACGCGUUCCCGAUUGUGAAGCUGUGGACUGCCCUGAGCCCCACCAGGUGCCAAACGCAGAGAUGAGAGGCGCCGUGGAGCCACCGCACCUGUACGGCAACGUGGUUUAUUACCGCUGCCUCAAAGGAGUCGUUAUUGGACACAGGGACAUCUGGUGCACAAAGGAGGGGAACUGGAGUGCACCUCCUCCAGUAUGCAAAGAAAUAACAUGUCAAACUCCACAUGUGCUCAACGGCUACUGGAUGGGAGCUCGGGUUGAGCCGUACCGCUACGGAGACGCGGUGACUUUCCACUGUGACCCGGGAUACGUCUUGUCGGGCCCGAGGAUGAUCACCUGUGGAGGCGAUGGCCAGUGGAGCCGCUACUUUCCCACGUGUAAAUCGCGUCCGUUCUACCGCUUCCAGAGGUGAAACUGCACUGGCCACAGAAAACCAUGCAGUCUGAGCGCAGCGCGCAUGUCUGGUUUGUUAACCUGCUUUUCACUCUUAAGCCAUUUUUGCAUCAACUUUUCUCCCUGCAGUGGGAUGUAUUUUGUGAACUCAGACAUUAAACAUAUUUGAAAUGAGGCUGAAGUACAGUAUGUUUUAUUUUAAGUGUUGAACAGUAACGAGUACAAACUUGUUUCAUUCUUGUCUGUACACAUUUUUACAGUCUGUAAUGUUUAAGUGUAUAGAGUCUAUAGACUAAAACGGGGAGGAUUUCAUGAACAAACAGGCUACAAGAAAAUAAGAACAACUCCAUUCAUUUAAAAAGACAAAUACAAAAUCCAGACAUCUCUUUACAUGAGCAAUAACAAUUCAAGUGCAAAUAUCAACUCUGAUACAUCAUAGCAAACGCAUAAAAAAAAAAAA